GAAUCUCUCUGCCUCAUUCUCUCUCCACCGGCGACGGCGAGUCCGACCGCACUGCUCCUCUCCGUGCGGAGAUCUCUCGCGUGCUGGCAGGCGCGUCCUGGUGACUGGGACACGGGAGAAGAGACCUUGGUGGGUGGCAGCGGCAGGCCAUGGAGGCGCUGCUGGUGACGGUGCUUCUUCUCCUCCUCUCCUCUACCCUCGCCGCAGCACAAUGGUGCGUGUGCAGGCAGGACGCGUCGCAGGCCGCGCUGCAGAAGACCAUCGACUACGCGUGCGGCUCCGGGGCGGACUGCAACUCCAUCCAUGAGACCGGGGCGUGCUACAACCCCAACACCGUCCCGGCGCACUGCUCCUGGGCCGCCAACAGCUACUACCAGAACAACAAGGCCAAGGGCGCCACCUGCGACUUCGCCGGCACCGCCACCCUCACCACCAGCGACCCGAGCUCUUCGGGCUGCUCUUACCCCACCACCAGUGCAAGCGCCGCGGGAACCGUGACCCCGACCACCGGCGGCACAAUGGGAGGAGCGGGAGGCCCAGGGACCUUGACGCCCGCCGGGACAGGCGCAGGCACAGCCGGCACUACCGGCAUGGGGACUGCAGGCACUACGGGUACCGGGUUCGGCGGCCUAGGACCAGCAGGCAUGGACACAGCGGCGGCGGCGGCGGGGGGCUUGCUCCUCCUCCCAGAGGCUGGGCUGUGCGCUGCCCUCGUCGCGCUCCUCCUCUCCGCCAUCGUGCUCGCGUGACGCCUUCACAUGACCUCGGAAACAACAACCUACUGCCUGCAUGCUAGUAGUAGUAGAAAGCGCUGCCCUUUUGGGAGGUGUAUGUAGUUCAGGAGUACUCUGAUUAUCUAUGGAGAAAGGGUGGGAAUUAUUGGG